UUUAGUACAAAAGAAAGUGAUUUUCUGCAUCUUUAUUGAACAAUAUCGAAGAAAUGGAGGAUCUGAAACACUGCAGAAACAAAGAUCAUGAUGAUUUUAUUUAUUUAUUUUUUUAAAUUUGGGUACAGUGUCUUUAUUCAUAGAGGGUAUUGCAGUCAGGUCUCUAUCGUCUGGCUGUGAGAAUUUCUCCUAUCUUUUAUCAUCUUUAGCAGCUUGGUGUGUCAGAGAAAAAGUGAGUAGCACCGAAAGAGAAACAGACAAACAGUCUUACUUAUUAUUAACCACCAUGUCCGGCCGCCAUGAUUCAGGUCUGUGAACUGUGAAGGAGUCAUUGGUAGUGGUAAGCGUUCCAUCAAGCAGGAAGCACACACGCGCGUAUAAUUUCCAGAUCCUAUAUUAGUGAGUGUUCCAUCAAGCAGUAUGUCGACGAUUGUGACUGUGAGAUGUGGGCAUUGUGCCAAUUUGUUGUCUGUAAACAUGAUGGGAGCCUCUCUUCAAACACUUCCUCUUCAAGAAGCCCAGUUGCAGAAGAUGCAGAACCUUGAAGGUUUAACAAAGGAAUGUAGCGGGUCAUCUUCAAGAUGCAACACUAAGUAUGGUACUAUUGAGCCUCCCAGGGAGCUUCAUCAACCUAAUGGUCAUAGAAUCCCUCCCAUUCGCCCCCCAGAGAAAAGACAACGUGUCCCAUCCGCCUAUAACAGGUUUAUUAAGGAGGAAAUCCAAAGGAUUAAGGCUAGUAAUCCUGACAUCAGUCACAGAGAGGCUUUCAGCACUGCUGCCAAAAAUUGGGCACAUUUUCCUCACAUUCACUUCGGACUAAAGCUGGAUGGCAGUAACAAGUCUAGUGGAUUCACUGCAGAAGCCACUCAGAAAUCCAAUGGAUUCUUCGAAAUCAACGGUACCCUGUGAAUGUGAUCACUAUAUUAUCAUUAAUUAAGCUGCCGCAUGCAUUUUCUAUUUAUAUAUGUAUAACUACUGAAGGUUGAUGAGGUCUUUUUAGUUAACCGAAUACCUCACAAUGUGAUCCAUUAACUCUGUGUGUUGCCAGAUCGGCUUUUUUUUUUUCCUUUCUUUUUUGAUAAGUAACCGGGAUGAAGAUUCGAACUUGGGUACCACCAAGUCGAAUAUACGCCGGAUCAACUCUUUUACCUAAGACAGAUAUGAUCAGUUGCUUUUAUGUUACAAUA